AUGCGCUUAUUUAGGCAUAACGACGAUUACAUUACCUUACCGGAUCAGGAAGCACUUUUCUCAUUGCCAUAUGCGCUUUUCGGACAUGUCGAGAAAAGAUCUCUUACUCCAUUUGGAUGGCGUUGGAGAAAGCGUGCUAUUGUUUUGAAUCCUAGUGGACAUUUAAUUAUUUAUAAAUAUUUCCUGAAGGAUAUUGGAGCUGGGAAACCAUUUUUGGGAAGAAUAAUUCAUUUGGAUGCAGUAGAACAUAUCCAAGCUCGAAUGGAUAAGGAUGUCUGUCAUAUUAAAAUUCAUGAUCAUACUCGAAAACGAACAGAACUGCGAAUUAAAGGUACAAAAGCUCGUUUAUGGGCUGCAAAAAUAUUCAUGCGUUCAACGGCUGCGGAAAUAAAGUGGCCAAUUGAACGUCCACUAAAAGUACUUGAUUCAAAGAUUUCUACAUCAAGCAUUUAUGAUAUUGCUCGAGGAACCAAAGUAAAUCAUAUGGAGGAAUUUUCUAAAAUCGCUAUUGCUUCUCUUUCAUCUGAGAGCUUCCCAGAUUACACAACCUCUGAUGCUUCACAGCAAAAAACUCAAUUGUCCGCGCAAAUUUUAGAUGUGGAAGGAAUAAGAAAAUCUGAUGUGUUCACAGCUGGUGGAGCAAAUUCUGAAUCCAACAAUGUUGAAAUUAUUUCGGUACAAAGUAUUAAUGUGGUCUACGGAAAAUCUACGCAUAAAAAAUUUGAAACAAAUUUAUUGAAGCGCUCAAGAUCAGCAUCAGAAUUCACUACCACCGCAGAAUUUUCCACUAUUAAGGAAGCGCACAAGUCUGUAAGCUUGGAUCAGUUGAAUGAAGUACUGAUAUCGCGUCAAGGUCGUUUUCGGAAGCAUUUGCAAAAUAUCAUUGAAAGCCGAUUUUAUGACAGUUUAACAAAAUGGUCUUCAAAUUAUUCGGUUUCUAGCAUUCAAAAAUUACAUACUCAGGCUGGCAAUCUUCGAAUGUCACAAAUUUAUAUUCCAUAUAAUACAUUGCUCAUGAAGGAUGAAAUGCGAGCGCAGCACCAACAGCGCUCAGAACCGCUAUCAUCAUUGUCAAUUGAUAUUAAUAGUAAAUUAUGGAAAGAAUUAAAGCAUGAUGAUAAAGAUGAAAAUGAUACUGCUCAUCAUUUUUAA